ACCAUGAUUCGAUCUUUUCAAGAUUUCUUUAGUCUUCGUCGUUUGGAAGUUUUUUAAUCCAUAUUUCAGGACGUUUCUAAGAGAAAUUACUCGCCAGUAUGGGUCGCAUGCACAGCCAUGGUAAAGGUAUUUCAUCAUCAGCACUUCCGUAUCGAAGGACAGUUCCAACAUGGUUGAAAUUGAGCUCUGAUGAUGUAAAAGAACAAAUUUAUAAGCUUGCUAAGAAAGGCUUGACACCAUCACAGAUAGGUGUUAUACUUCGGGAUUCUCAUGGAGUAGCUCAAGUUCGAUACAUAACCGGAAAUAAAAUAUUGCGUAUUUUAAAGAAGAAUGGUAUGGCUCCCUCUUUGCCCGAAGAUUUGUACCAUCUAAUCAAGAAAGCUGUGUCAGUUAGGAAGCAUUUGGAAAGAAAUCGCAAGGAUAAAGAUGCUAAAUUCCGGCUCAUUCUGAUCGAAAGUAGAAUCCAUCGUCUCGCACGAUACUACAAGACGAAGAGAGUUCUCGCGCCAAAUUGGAAAUAUGAAUCAUCCACAGCUUCUGCACUUGUAGCGUAAAAGAUUGAAAUGUUAAUAAAUUUAACAAGAAAAACCUAAA